UGGCAGGAUCUACUUCAGAGGCUUAAAUGCUGCUUCUGGAAAGCACUGGAAGAGUAUUGCGGACCUGCAUUUCUAUGUCAAGAAAAAAAUCCUCUCUGGGUUGCACAUGCUGGCUGGCUGGUGGUCCCUCUUGGCAAACAGAUUGUGUAUGGGGUGCACUGGAUGGCUCCUGUUUUGCGAACAAACCCGUGGGAGGUCAAUCGGGUUCCCAGUGUGCCAGCAAGAGAAGUGGGACGACAUCCUAAACACAGCUAAGCAGAAGUCUCUUGGUGGGAUGGAUUGCUACUCACCAGAAGAGGGAUCACCUCCUGAAUAAUCAGAUUAUCUGAAAUCCACUGCUGGAGCUACACUUUCAACUGUUGAGUGGAUGGACCAUUUUGCAUAUUUUUAGUUUGAUUUUACUAAGCCUAUUUUGCCUUUUUACUGGAGAAAAAUGGUGUGGGAAAAGUUUUUAUUCUUAUUUUAUGGGUGUACAAUUUUGUCUCAAUUGAUUGAGAAUGAGGAUACUCAGCCAAAUUUAGCUUGGGAGUUGAUACAAGGAUUUAUGCAUAUUUGGAACCACACGAAUCAAGGAAUAUGUAUUAACCUCCCCAACUCUGCAUCAGAGGGGCUUAGAUUUAUGAUGAUUUGGUUAAAUUUUUCAGAAAUAUUAACAAGAGAACUAGAUAACCUUAAAAAAACAGGAGGAAAUGUUACCUGGGGAAUGGUCGAGUCCCCCUUCCUAGACCAGAAGGAAGGACAACAAUGGGCUGCAAAUGGGACAUGGGUAGAAUACAAGAAAGCCUUUUACCACCUCCCACACAACUCUACCUGGAACCAUUUAUGGAAUCAGACAUGUUACCGAUCAUUAGACGCUAACCCUACUGAGACAUUGCAAAAUGUCACUUCUAUCCCUUGCACGAUUGUACCAUGGUGGGAUUCUCCUGCUGAGGGUGGGUUUUUCGAACAUGAGUACAAUUUACAUUGGGAUGCAGGAUGGUGUAUACAGAUCCCCAGUAACCCAGGAACCCCACACCAAGUUAACCAAACAAAUUAUGAAUGGGCUUGGUCUCUGAAACAAAUCUUUGACCCCAUAUCUCCCCUACAAUGGGCCUCCAGGACCCCCACAGGGGAAAUAGUGGAAUGGGAAGUGGGGAAAUCGGACUGUAAGGACCAGCAGAUCACACUACCUAAUGGAGAGAGCAUCUGCUGGAAAGUGAGGAACACCAGAAGCAUCAUCCAAAGUAAAUCAGAGACUUCCUUUCUGAAUUGUUCCCGUAUAUUAGAUUGUACCACUGGUGCAGGUGAGCCGAUAGAAACUUGGUAUAUCUCGGAGCUGAGAACUUUUAUCCGGGACAUGUGUACGUGUUGGGGUUAUCCCAACUAUGGCUAUCUAAAUCGAGACACCCGAUGCAAUGGGUCUUACGAAAAUUCGGAGACAGCACUAUCCUGCGGUAUUCCCGUUACACAUGGCCCUGACCCAAGAAGGGUCUUGAAUUCAAGUACUGAAGCACAGGAAGUUCCCCGAGGCGACCUGUAUCAGUGUUCACAAGCCAAAUAUCCAGCUCCGAGGGGAACAGUAUGGGCAUGUUCAGAUGGGAAAAUGUAUUCCCACUUGAACAUGUAUGAUAUGGCUGGACUCCAGUGUACUAUUGGGUUUCCUACCAUGUGUCCAUCUAAAACAUUCAAUUAUACACUUUAUUGUAACAAAAAGGUGCAGAGAGAAAUCCGCAAUCCAGUAGAUGCAAAAGGUUGGAUUGAGGGAAUUCAAGUCCCUGACUAUUAUACCUGGGGCCAAAAUGUUGCUUUAGACUUAGAAUUAUUUUUUGUGCCCAGUGGAGUUAAUCAACGGCAUCAAUAUGUCUUGGAGAACUUAACUAGGCAAAUCCAUGUGUUGAGCAACUGGACCGAACGUGCCUAUGGGAAACUGAAUUUGCAGGCCCAACAGGUACCAAAAAUGGCUUUGCAGAAUCGGUUAGCCCUGGACAUGGUGUUGUUGAAAGAGCACGGAGUAUGCGGGAUGCUAAACCUAACGGAUGGAGAAUGCUGUGUCACUGUUCAUAAUGCUGCCACCACCAUGGAAGAAGCACGUCAGAAGAUGAAGGAGGUUGCUGAACAAACGGGAGAACUAUUUCAAGCAAUGCAACCGAAGGAGUAGUUUGUUGGACUGAGCCCGGAUCAUGGAUCACAUUGCUACUAAAGUGCCUUGGACUUAUGAGAUGGGGAAAAUAGCAUGUACAUAUUGCCCUUAUGAUAUUUUGUGGAUUUUUGGUUUUGAUGAAAGGUCAGAAAGUCACAUGAAACUGUUUGCUUGUGGCAAGCUAUAAGAAGAGGAUGAAGGAGAUUGUUGGGACUUCUGAGAAGACUGACAACCUCGUAAAGUAAAAAAAUGACAUAAAAAAGCUCUUGUUGAGUGAGGAAUGUUUGAGUUCACCUCCAAAGGCUCUUAGCGAUGCUCUGGUGGGAAUUUCUUUGCCAGAAUUGCUUAGCAGAUCAUGCAAGUGUUUUGGUACUUAUAAUUUAUAGGAUAAAUAUGAAGACACACGAGCAUGAUUUAUUGAUAGAGCAUAAGCUAUAUAUAGUGCCUUUAACUGUAUUAUUAAAACUGAAGGUAAAUAAUUAAUGGAAUGAAGAAAAGAUACAUAAAACUCUGGGGAGUUUUGAUGGGAAGCAUUCCUGUCUUGUGGUAAUUAAAACUGAAUAUAUUCUGAGUAUAUAUUA